CUCCUGCAGCUCACCGAUGCAUCAUUUGACACUUGAGCAGGUUCCCCAAAUCCACAUCAGCGCCGCGACACCUCAGCCGCGUCCCCGUCGCUUCGCCUGAACUCGGAGGAGUCGUUGGGAGCAAAUUCAGACAGAUGACCUCUUUUUACGACGAGAAAGAUUUGGAGGAAGAGCUCAGUCGCGUCAGCUGCCCUGAUGAGGAUUUGGAGUUUGAGUACUUGUUUGAAUAUGAGCCGCCUUGCAGCGACUUUGCGGGGGGGGAUCAAGAUGAUCCAAACCUUGCAUCUCACAAAGUCCUCAGCCCCGAGUCCGAGCAGGCUUUCCCUCUGGAGGAGGCCUCCCCGUACGGCAUCAAGUCCUGCAGCCCCCCCUACAGUGAACACAACACUGAGGUUCUCACAGGAUAUGAGAACCAGGAGACCAGAAACUAUCUGGACAGUACCCGGCCUGCAGGCCUGGCCAUAAGCCCGCGGAUCGAAAUCACCCCCUCCCGUGAGCACUACAACCAUGGUCGGGACUCCCUGCAGAACCACCACCUGAACAUUAGCCCCAGGCCCACCCUCACUGUGCCAGGCCAUGAAAACCUUGCCUACCGUGAGCCCCAGUGCUUGAGUCCCGCCAGCAGCAACUCGUCCACCAGCUGGCACUCGGAGAGCUACUCCCCCUGGGCGUCUCCUUGUGUGUCCCCCAGCAGCGGCCAGAACCCCGGAGACCUCUGCCCCAGAUUGCAGAACAUCCACACUGGCUCUCCGCGCACCUCCCCGGGCACCUCACCUGGCACCGGCCUAGCCGAGGACGGCUGCCUGGGACCGCGCUCGCCCUCCCCCAGACCUGGCUCCCGCUCCACCUCCCCGCAGGGCAAACGCACCUACGACAUGUACAGGAAUCCAGGCUUAGUCCCUGGGCACCGCUCCCGCAGUCCCUCCCCUCACGGCAGCCAUGACGAUCACAACACAGGUGCCCACUAUCCACACAGCAGCCUCGCUGAUGCCAUGAAUGGUUUUGGCACGGGUCAGCCAGGCCUGGUGCCCACGAAAAUAGUCAAGACGUCCAACCAGGUUUACACUCUGUACCCAGAGAACCACUUAGAGGGGAACUACUUGGUGUCCUGCGACCAGGACAUAAAAACCAAACCUGCUGCAGAGCCAUUCUUCGUUAUCCCCCCAAUCUGGCCCAAGCCGCUGGUGUCCAGCAUCUGCAGCAUCCCCGUGGCCUCUCUCCCCCCGCUGGAAUGGCCGAUCCCCCAUCGUACAGACCAGUACGAGCUCCACAUUGAGGUGCAGCCCAAGCCGCACCACCGGGCUCACUAUGAGACGGAGGGCAGCAGGGGCGCAGUCAAAGCCCCAACAGGAGGACAUCCUGUUGUGCAGUUGCAUGGCUACAGAGGCAAGGAGCCGCUCGGCCUGCAGAUCUUCAUUGGUACGGCCGAUGAGCGCAUCCUCAAGCCCCACGCCUUUUAUCAAGUGCACCGCAUCACUGGCAAGACAGUCACGACCACCAGCUUUGAGAAGAUCAUCCACGGCACCAAAGUCCUCGAGAUCCCCCUGGAGCCAAAGAACAACAUGAAAGCAAUAAUCGACUGUGCUGGGAUCCUGAAGCUCAGGAACGCCGACAUCGAGCUGAGGAAGGGCGAGACGGACGUCGGGCGGAAAAACACCCGCGUUCGUCUUGUGUUUCGCGUGCACAUACCUCAGCCCGGAGGACAGCACGUCUCCCUCCAAGUGGCCUCGCAUCCCAUCGAGUGCUCCCAGCGUUCAGCACACGAGCUUCCCAUGGUGGAGAAGCAGGACAUGGACAGCUGCUCCGUCCUGGGAGGCCAGCAGAUGAUCCUGACCGGGCAGAACUUCAGCUCCGAUUCCAAGGUCAUUUUCAUGGAGAAAACCCAGGAUGGGCAGCAAAUCUGGGAAAUGGAGGCAACAGUGGACAAAGAUAAGAGCCAGCCAAGUAUGCUGUUCGUGGAGGUGCCAUCCUACAGAGACACGUCAGUCUGCCAUUCUGUCAAAGUCAACUUCUACGUCAUUAACGGCAAGAGGAAGCGCAGCCAGCCUCAGCACUUCACCUUCACGCCACUGGCAUGUAAGAACGCUGCUCAGCCUCUCUGUGCUCCUUCCAUCAAGACAGAGCCUAUAGAUGAGUAUGAAGCAGACCACAUGGGUUUUGCCAUGCCCCAGAUCUUGGGCUUGUCCCCUCAUUCCUACUACCAUAACCAGCGCGGCGUUCUCCAUCCAGACAACGGCCUGCUCUCCAGCAUGGCCUCCUGCCAGCGCCUCAGCUCCAGCCUUCCGAGCCAAGACGCACGUUUCCAGCAGCAGAGCCCGGCCAUCGUGUACUCCCGCGGGGGCAAGAGCCUGAGCGGCGGCCCUGGCCUUUAUCAGCAGGCUGGAGGGUUGAUGCCCGACCCGCACCGGUCGGUCCUGGUCCACACUGGCUCUCCAGCUCAGUCUGCAGGUCCCCUCGGGGCAGGCCAGCACCCUUCCAUCAUCCAGUUCUCCCCCACCAACCACCACCUGCUCCGCGCGGGAGACCCUCAAGCCCUCGCUGCCCCUCAGCCCGACAGCCAGCAGGUCAUCUACUGCGAUGCUUACUCCCCACAGGCCGCCGCCGCCCACUCGCCCACACCCCCCCAGGCUCAGGCAGCGGUGACCCACCCUCAGCACUAUCCCACCGUGAUCCAGCAGCAGCCCUACGUGCAGAAGGCGCAGCAGAAAGGCCGCGCUCCGCCCGGCACGGGGCAGAUGGAGGCUGCGGGAGACGGGCAGAGGAGGGUGACGGUCAAGGAGGAGAACUUGGACCAGGCCUACCUAGAUGAUGGUGAGUUGAAUGAAAUCAUAAGAAAAGAUCUGACAGGUGUUCAGGCCAGAGGGCAGACAUAGAGGAGGGACCCAAACAGGAAAUGACAACACGCCCCCCCCCACAAUGGCACACACACACACACCGAGUCUUCAACCUUCCAGCGAGGUGACGCACAUCCACCAACAAUCAGACGCUCUCUUCCUCAUUUUCUCUCCUCGUCCAGAUAGAAGUAUCAGCUCCCGCCGGCUGUGUUUGCUUUGGACGUUUUCCUGCAAUAAACAGUUUCAUUCGGCAAACAGAGCAGCUCAUUCGUCCCACAGCGACGACACCAACGCUCAGCAGGUUUCCAGCGAAGCGGUGGGAAAAACGGGGGAAUGUGCCUUAUUUUACAGAAGAGAUAAAAUGUGUUCCCAGAAUAGCAUCAGCCAUGCCGUCCAGGUGAUAAACACCUGUCGGCCUCGUACCAAAAAAUCAGCCCAAACACGAUUGGUCAAACAUCUCUCGUGGCCUGAAGCUUUAAUCCGUCUUGCACAAAGUGUGUACUUUCUCUGUGUGUAUCUUCAUAUGCAGUUUUACAGGAAAGGAUUGUCCUGAGCUAACAAGCUGAUCAUCUCAUUUUUUACGUGCAGUUUUCUAAUUGAAGCGAAGCGCACACCUGCCUUAACCACAUGAACUAUUGUGACGCCUCCUAAUAUGCACUGUUUUCAAUAACAGGGGGUCAAUGUUAUUGCUUUUUUAUAUAAUAUUUGAGUCAUGUGAAUAAUGUACCAUUUUAUAUUCAUAAAAUAUAUAUUGCAUUAUAUUCAGGUGAUAACGCCGAAGUGGCUUCACGGGGGCCAGCGAUGCUGCAGCGAUGCGAGCAUCGGCCCACGUUUUUACAUGAUUUCCCUGCUCGUCAAUGUCGCGUUGACAAUGAUUUGAAAACGUUUCUCAAGUCUGGCUCACGCUUAGGUGAGAGAUUUUGUACACUCAGAUUUAAAGAAGGUCUUCUUUGCUUUUUUAA